AUGCUCAGACCAGAGAAAACAAAACAAUACUUGUUAUUAGAACUUAUUCAAUUAGUUAAGGACGAGACAAAAUUAGUGAGACAAGCUGCUAUAGAAACACUAACCAGCCUGUUAAGCUUUUUUGAUGAAAAAUAUAGAAUUGAUUACCUUCAAAAGUUCUACAUCAACUGGAUUAAAUCACCACCAAGUGACCUCUACAGAACAUUGGUUGAGCGUUUUGGAGAAAUUUUCUUCUACUUGUGUUUCAAAGAUGAAGGUCAUCUCUCUUAUCUUAUUCAGUUCUUUGUGAACGCUUCAAAAGAUAACUCACAAGAAAUACGAGAAUUUUGUGCAUUCAACUUUCCUGCUGUUGUGAAAUGUGUAGGGUCCAAAAGAUACGAGAAACAGCUUCAUAACUGUUUGGUAGUGUUAUGUGAGGAUCCUUCGUCUCAAGUUAGAAUAAGGAUUGCCUCUGGAUUUCAUGAAAUUUUAAAGUUGUUAGCAGAGGAUGGAACAGCAAAAGAUGUGAACAAUGAGGUCAAGGACAAGAUUGUACAAAACCUUACAACUAUUUUAACAUGCUUCAAGACUGCUCUUGCUAAAACAUCAGAACCAUUUUUUGGUUUAGUAAUCACUCACAUCAACAAGUAUCAUAGUGGUGUUCAAAACAACUGGAGAAGAUUGGAAAACUACUUUUCUCACUUCCAACACUUCCACAAAUACUUUUCUAAGGAACAAAUCAUUGAGACAUUUAUUCCAAUUUUGAGGAAACAAAUAUUUGAAGGAGUUGCCAUUCCAGUUAAACUUCAAGCAGCUUUAUCUCUUGUUAUUUUGACAAGAGGAUUACAUAACUUGAGCAGACAAAAGGACAUUUUCAACUCAUUGAUUAAGGAGUUGGUAAACAGCAAAUCAUGGUGUAACAGAAUGAUGUUUUUCGAUUUAUGUCACCCUAUUAUGGAACAUUUCAGUAGAAAAUUCUCAAAAGAAAUACUGUUUGAAAAUGUUAUGAAAUUGGAAAAGGAUAAAAUUGCAAAUGUUAGGAGAAGAUUUUGUUUCAUGCUCCCAGAGCUAAAACAAACUUUGACAUUGCCAGAUGAUGUUAUUUUAUUAGCAAAAAUUAAGGAAAAACUUUCGUAUUUGAGUUUGGAUAAGGAUCGAGAUGUUAAAGAAGCAGCUGUCUCGGCUAAAAACAUUCUCUCAAUGAUUGAAACGGAAACAAACAGAGGUUUUAGACUUAAUCUUCAAACACAAGAUGAUAUCAAUGAUAAACGAAAGGAAAGAGAGGAACAAGAAUGGCCAGAUAAGGACUUCCUAAUGACCUCACCUGUUCCAGUUAUCAACUCAGCAAACAACUCCCCUCCUUCGACAACAAGUGGUCCAAGAAAAAGACCACCUGCAACAACAAGCAAUUCCAAAACAAAUUUGAAUAUUCCAACUACAUCAACUACAAAAACCAAAUCUCCUAGUCCUUCUCCAACACCUUCUAAUCCUGUCAAACCAACAACUAACAAGACUGUUUCCACAGUAACAAUUCCAACAACCACAACACCAAAACCAACGUAA